AUAGAAUUCUUUUCCUACAAAUGGCUAAUUUUGUGAAUUCGAACAAGCCCAAUUUAGUCGGCUUGUCCAACACCAAAACCCAGGUAGCGACCCAGCGAGGUUUCUCCAGUUUUCUCUUACCAUAUCAAAAUUUACAUUGUGAAUGAUCUCCAUACAGAAAACCCUAAUCCGAACCUAGGCACGUAUGCCCUUUUGUCUACCAAUGGAGGACACAGACGGUGGUCUCAGCUUCGACUUCGAGGGGGGCCUUGACUCUGGCCUCACCAACCCUACCGCCUCCAUGUCCGCCAUCCCUUCUGACAAUUCCGCCGUGUCUGCUGCCGCCGCUAACAACAACUCCGCCGUCGCCGCUGUAUCUGCUACGGAUCCAUCGGCACCUGGCGCCAACCUGCCUGGGCGGCGGAGCUUCCGGCAGACCGUCUGUCGGCAUUGGCUCCGCAGCCUUUGCAUGAAGGGCGACGCCUGCGGCUUUCUACACCAAUACGACAAGUCGCGAAUGCCUGUUUGCCGCUUUUUUAGGCUUUACGGAGAGUGCCGGGAGCAGGACUGCGUGUACAAGCACACCAAUGAGGAUAUCAAGGAGUGCAAUAUGUACAAGUUAGGGUUUUGUCCAAAUGGUCCUGACUGUCGGUAUAGGCAUGCAAAAUUGCCUGGACCUCCACCACCUGUGGAAGAAGUCCUUCAGAAGAUACAGCAAUUAAAUUCUUACAAUUAUGGAUCCUCAAACAAAUUUUUUCAACAAAGGGGUGCUGGUUUUCAGCAACACACAGAUAAAUCUCAGUUUUCGCAAGUUCCCAACAAUGUGGGUCAAGGUGUAGCUGGAAAACCCUCAGUUACAGAGUCUACUAACGCACAGCAGCUUCAGCAGCAGCAGCAGCAGCAGCAACAACAACAACAACAACAAGGACAACAGUCUCAACAGCAAGCCCCUCAGGCCCAAACAAAAAAUAUUCCAAAUGGUCAGCCUGUUCAGGCAAACAGAAUAGCAACACCUUUGCCUCAAGGAAUAUCUAGGUAUUUUAUUGUUAAAAGUUGCAACCGUGAAAAUUUGGAAUUGUCUGUACAACAAGGAGUUUGGGCAACUCAAAGGAGCAAUGAAGCUAAACUAAAUGAAGCUUUUGACUCUGCUGAAAAUGUGAUUUUAAUUUUCUCAGUCAAUCGGACUCGACAUUUCCAGGGAUGUGCAAAGAUGACAUCCAAAAUUGGUGCUUCCAUUGUUGGGGGGAAUUGGAAAUAUGCACACGGAACUGCACACUAUGGACGGAAUUUCUCAGUCAAAUGGUUGAAGUUAUGUGAAUUAUCAUUCCACAAAACUCGCCACUUGAGGAACCCAUACAAUGAGAACCUACCUGUGAAGAUCAGUAGAGAUUGUCAGGAGCUAGAGCCCUCAAUUGGCGAGCAGUUAGCUUCCUUACUUUAUCUUGAGCCUGACAGUGAACUCAUGGCAAUCUCAGUUGCAGCAGAAGCAAAACGAGAAGAGGAAAAAGCAAAGGGAGUUAAUCCAGACAAUGGAGGAGAGAACCCGGACAUUGUUCCGUUUGAGGACAAUGAAGAAGAGGAAGAGGAAGAAAGUGAGGAGGAGGAGGAGGGCUUUGGUCAGGCUCUUGGACCAGCAGGUCAAGGGCGAGGGAGAGGCAGGGGAAUCAUGUGGCCUCAGAUGCCACUGGCCCGUGGUGCUAGACCCAUCCCUGGGAUGCGAGGUUUUCCCCCUAUGAUGAUGGGUGCUGAUGGCUUUUCUUACGGACAAGUGGCACCUGAUGGUUUUGGAAUGCCUGAUCUUUUUGGCGUUGCACCCCGUGGAUUUACCCCGUUUGGUCCAAGGUUUUCUGGUGAUUUUACAGGUCCUGCAUCUGGCCUGAUGUUUCCUGGGAGACCUUCCCAACCUGGGGCUGUGUUUCCAACUGGCGGAUUUGGCGUGAUGAUGGGUCCAGGACGUGCUCCUUUUGUGGGGGCAAUGGGCCCAGCUGCUACAAAUCCACUUCGAGGUAAUCGACCAAGCAGUAUACCAUUUCCACCACUCUCUACGCCAUCGACUCAAAACAGCAACAGACCAGUUAAGAGAGAUCAGAGGACAGCGGCUAAUGAUAGGAAUGACAGAUACACUACAGGAUCAGACCAAGGCAGGGUUUCAGUUGGUGGACCAGAUGAUGAGGGACAAUACCAGCAAGAGGGAAUAAAGGCUUCUCAUGAUAAUCAAUUUGGUGCAGGAAACAGCUUUAGAAAUGAUGAAAGUGAAAGUGAGGAUGAGGCACCGAGGCGAUCAAGGCAUGGGGAAGGGAAAAAGAAGCGACGAGGCUCAGAGGGAGAUGCAACUCCAGGCUCUGAUCACUAAGAGUGUUACUAACUGAGCUUGAGAGUGGUAAAGGAUAACUAAUUUGCAAGGCCAGGUUAUAGGCAAAUUGACCCAUGCUGGUUGUAGCUCUUACGUGAAAAUCUAAUUAAACUCUUUGUUCCCAUACCUGGAUUGUGUUUUGUAUUUGAAAGUCUUGGGGGAUGUGAAAAGCAUUAGCUGUUAUAUUUUUUCAGUUUUUUUUCUUUUUCCUCCAUUUUUCCCCCCCUUUUUUUUGAGGGGACCGUUUUUGUUGAAGUUAACAUGUUCAUUACAUAGCCAAAUUUGUGUAUAUCUGUAUCUUAAAAUGAAUGGAAUGUUGGUGACUAAUGCAAAUACUGUUUUUUGGAGGGUAAGCCUCUUGAUUCA